AUGAAUUUCUUAUCACUCUCCUUUGCAGAUAAAGUUAUUGAAACUAAAUAUUAAAAUAGGAAAAAGGAACUAUCUUAAUAAUUGUUAAAAUUUCAGUAGGCGUUGGUAAUUUUAAUGCUGUUGUACGUGUUAAUUUCAAGUGCAUUUAAAUAAAUUUGGAUUUCACUUUGUAUCAGUGGAAUAGGUUUGAUAUUGCUAAUAAUCAGUGUGAAAUUAAACAUUGAUCGCUAAGAACAACGUUAUCUCAACAACACGAUUAUUAUCUUUAUGACGGUCUUUAAUUAUUAUAAAUCAUUACACAAAAUACUUAAUGAAACCCUUCAUCAAAUUAGUUACAUCGAAGGGUAUAUGUUGGCCUUGGCAACCACAUCAUGCAAGUUUUAUGUAAAAAUGCUUUAUCCAUGUUUCAAUUUACAUUCUGCUACAAAUCUUUCAACCUAUGUUGAUGGAGGAAAUAUGGGAACAGAUGAUUAUAUUCUUGGUGUAUUUAACACUACACCUGAUCUAUCUAUACAAAACAGACUGGCCAAGCAUCAAAAGGCUGAGCAAUAAUUAGUUAACUUGUGUGGCAUCACACUCUAUAUUGUUAGUUACAAAAGAGAUACUAAUUAAAUGCUAUUGACUACAUAUAACAAUGAAGACAAUAUCACAAUUCAAUAAUAGUAGCAAUUUGUUUCUCAGAUUAGAAAUAUGAGGGUUCUCAUAAAGGAUUAGGAAUCUCGAACUCACUACAAAUCAGAGGAAGAAAUAAAAUAGGACGCUAAAAUGAAUCUCGAGAAAUUUCUAUUCUAUUUUGUAAGUUGUCCAGAGAAGUUGAAGGACUACAUGAAUAAAUUCCAAGUUGAUUCCUUGAUUAAGUUGCAAGGAGUACAAAACUAAGAGAACUACAAUAUUUCCAUUAUUAAGUACUUUGACUAAUUGCCAAGUGCAAUAAUUUUGAUCUCUUAAAAUAAGAAGGACGUAUUUAUAGAGGAACUAAAAUUGAGAUAUAAGAUAUUUCAGUAAGUCAUGGAAACCAUCGAUGAAAUAUUCUAAUCCCAAGUGAAAAUGAGUCUGAUCUACUUUAGGGGUAUACACAAGUACCAAAAGGUAAAGUCCAAUAAUAAUAUGGAUUUGUGUAUAUACCAAAAAAUAUAAAGCAAAAUAGCGAAGGCAUACAAUGAUUUUCAGAACAUCAAAGAUUUUUUCAAUCUUAAUACUUCAUUCUAAAGAUCAAUUAUUUAAAAAUUUAAUUUUAUUACUUUCUUAGAAGAUAUUUUGAUCGAAAUAUAACAUUACUUUUAUUAGAGUAAGAAAUUUACAUAUUCGAUAACAAAUCAACUAAAAAAAGACAAUGUUUUCUAGGAUCAAAAACAGCUUAAGCAAUUAUUUCUGAAUCUCCUAUAUUAUCUGACUGAGCAUUGCCAGGAAAUUGGGAUUGUAUUGGAUUAAGGAGAAGAGUAUUCUUUGAAGAAGCCAUACUUUCGUGUGAAGAUAGAAUUUAAAGGGACAAGCUUCAGUAAGGAUGCAAUAAAAGGACUUCCCUUCAUUAAUCCAAUUACUCUGUCGGAAUUGAGACAUAAUGCAGAGUAGGUCUAUUAGUUGAACUUGCCAAUGGCCAUAGUUAUUGUGAGAAAAUUGGGGCCGACGAAUAAAAUACACAUUAAACAAAAUAAGAAUGGUGUCAACAGCAUUGAGUUUUUGAUCUUCAGAGAACUUUCCGAAGAUUUUCAUCUUAUGCCUAUGAAAUCCUAGCAUCCUAGUAAUUACCUGAUAUUGAAUGCGAGAUCAUCAAUUCAUGGGAAACAUGCAGCAUAUUUCGAUCUAUUAUCUUUGAGUCCAAGAAUUUAAUUAGAUAAUUUUGGAGAAUUAUGA